AACAAAACUGCACAACCAAAACGGCGUGGUACUUGUUAGCACCCCUGGUUGCUAUGGUUGGACUUAUCUUGGUCCCCAUUUCGGCGUUCAUAGUCAGAAUUGACGAUGGCAUAAAUGUGUACUGUUCGAACAAAAAUGGAAUCGUCGAGAAUAUGGUGGGAGUUGUGGGCAUUCCGCCGAUCUUGGUUGUGUCGGUGGCGACUCUGGCUCUGCUGUAUAUCAUUCAUGGGCGCAACAAGAAAUCAAACAACGCAACUGACGAUAAAGAGGUAAUUCUGGCUCUCACUGGCACUUCAGCUUUGUAUGCCGUGUUCGGGAUCAUUUCGAACGGCUUCAUUUUCUUCGCCUACUGGAUGGUGGAUGCGGAUUCCGUGAACGAGCACAUUGUCUUCAUGUCUAUUGGCCAGCUGGUCAACACUCUGGGAAUAAUCUCGAGAAGUCCAAUUCUUCUACUCAUGAAGCCCAUGCGAGAUGCUUUCAAACGUGGCUUGAAACUCGCGCUCGGAAAUUGAACUUUCUACUGGGAAAAGUAACGCAUUGAAGAGAGAUUUUGAGGAAUCUACUUAACAAUUUCUCCAUUUUGC